CCGUCGACAAGCUGCAGACGGCGGCUGGCUCGGUUGCUCAGGCUGGGACACGUUAGCCUUAUCAAGUACAACUGCUUCCUUGAACUUUCGGCUCGCCACCUCUCCGAAUUAAACAAAGCAGAGAAGAUCACACCUUAAUUGAUUGAAAUGGAGACGGAUUCCGUCCAUUAGCAAAAGGAAGCAACGACCGCGGCGUCCAUGUCCUGAGGAAGCCGUCGAUGAAGCUGCGUGGCGGCUGCCGGCUGGCCCGUCUACUCCAGGUUGCACUGUACAAGUAACAACUGCUCUCCUUGCACUUCCGUUCAGCCCACUAAGCAAAAUUUAAUCAGAAUAAUGGAGACGAAUUCCCCGUCCUCCGCCGAAGAAGGAAGCGGCACCGGCGGCGGCGCCCAUGUUCUCCUCCUCGCCUUCCCGGGGGCGCAGGGCCACCUCAACCCGCUGCUGCAGUUCGGCCGCCGCCUCGCCUACCACGGCCUCCGCCCAACCUUCGUCACCACCCGCUACCUCCUCUCCACCGUCCCGCCCCCCGCGGGGCCCUUCCGCGUCGCCGCCAUCUCCGACGGCUUCGACGCCGGCGGCAUGGCCGCGUGCAGCACGGGGUUCGGGGACUACGGCCGCCGCCUGGCCGCGGCGGGCUCCGAAACCCUGGAGGCCCUCUUCCGGUCCGAGGCCGAGGCGGGGCGGUCCGUGCGCGCGCUCGUGUACGACCCCCACCUUCCGUGGGCGGCGCGCGUGGCGCGCGCCGCCGGCGUGCGGACCGCGGCCUUCUUCUCGCAGCCGUGCGCCGUGGACCUCAUCUACGGGGAGGUCUGGUCGGGCCGCGUCGGCCUGCCGAUCAAGGACGGGAGCGCUUUGCGGGGGUUGCUGAGCUUAGAGCUCGAGCCGGAGGACGUGCCGUCGUUUGUGGCGGCGCCGGACUCGUACCGGCUGUUCCUCGACGCUGUGGUGGGGCAGUUCGAAGGGCUGGAGGACGCCGACGACGUGUUUGUCAACUCAUUCCACGACCUGGAGCCCAAGGAGGCAGAUUACUUGUCAUCCACAUGGCGUGUCAAGACCAUUGGCCCGACUCUGCCAUCGUUCUACCUGGACGAUGAUAGGUUGCCAUCCAACAAGACAUAUGGGUUUGAUCUCUUUGACAGCACAGCACCCUGCAUGGCAUGGCUGGAUAGCCACCCCCCUUGCUCAGUUGUCUACGCCUCGUAUGGAACUGUCGCUGACCUGGACCAAGCCCAGUUAGAGGAGAUAGGCAAUGGAUUGUGCAAUUCUGGUAAGCGGUUCCUUUGGGUUGUCAGGUCCGUUGAUGAACAUAAGUUAUCAGAAGAGCUCCGUGGCAAAUGCAACGAGAUGGGCCUGAUAGUUUCAUGGUGCCCCCAGCUUGAGGUUUUAUCUCACAAAGCCACAGUUUCGAGCUAUAAGACAAUGCCAAUUAUUUUCUUGAGGGAAGGUUUUGACAAGGUAACAUUUACAAUAUGAAUAAAUGAUUGGAAACUUCCAGAUGCACUUAUGUGAUUACAAAUAUGAGCUAUGAUUGCCGAAAAUCGUAGAAGCCAUGUAGUCUGGGUAGAACCUGUCUUACUUGUUUUUACUAGUAGAACUCGAGAAGCCUGCAGGGGGACAUGUAUAAUCACGAAUUUUCUCAUGCCUUCCUUAGACUGUCUUCACCUCUUAUGUACAAAGAAAACUGUAGGGGAAACCCCGUCAGUAUAGGUAGGAACCUAAAUUUGCAUCCGUAGGGACUUGAACCCGGGUGGUGGGGUUGUACAUCCACUCCCACUUGUGUUCUCUUAACUUAAUAUACUGCUGACCUUGGAGAAAUGGUUUGUAAUGAAAUGUUAACUGGAUCCUACGCACAAUGCCAUACUGCCCUGGCUCCUAAUAUUUGGUACUACAGCAUAGGUAAACACUGGAGCUCUGUCUCCUUAAUUUCAAAAGAUAUAUAUUCUGCACCCAGUGAAGUAAUGGGCAGCUUAUAGUGAUGUAGUCAAAGCUGUAGCAGCGUAUGUCUUAAAUCCAUUUCUUUCUGACAUACAAACUGUAAAAGAGGUGUAUAUCCUGCAUAUUUUGUAGUGAACAUAUUGAGUGAGCCUUUCUGAAUAACUAAGAUAUAAGUAGAGAUGAUAGAUAUCUCGCUUCUGGUUUCAU